AACAAUUUAAAAACAAUUUAAAAACAACAAUAUCAGAGAUCAAAGGCCUGUCGAAACAGAUAUGUCUUACAUGCCCUGUGGAAAGCUGAUAGGUCCCGCAAGGCACGGACUUCAGGUGGCAGAGUAUUCCAGAGUGAUGGUGCCACUGCUGUAAAGGCUCUGCAUCUGGUUGCUGUUAGACGCAAGGUCUUGACACUGGGAAUUUCCAAUAGAUCUUGGCCUUGAUAGAGAAAUAACUGUUCAGGGAGGGUCACAAGAAUGAAAAUGGGGGGACGGGGGAUUGUGGAUGGUUGCAUUUAAUAGAUUUACAUAGUUCUGUAAGUUCCAAACUACAUCUCCUCAAUGCAAGGUUCUGGCUACUGUUUUCCAUGGUUGCAGCUUUCUAAUAUUAACUUUUAUAUUUAUGAUUUUUAAAAAUACUUUUUGCACUUAUUUUCAUUUUUUAAAUGUAUGUGUUUUUUAAAAACUCUGCCCAUUAAGUGCCUGAGGACUAUACGGUUAAAGAAGCAGAGCUCAAAAUGGGAAGCUUACUAGGCCUUUGCUCUGGAAAAGCUCCAACAGCCACUCAGCUUUUCCUGUAUUUUAUUGUUGGUCAUGAUCUUCAGUGUAGUCCAGAGAAAGAAAUAGUGAUGGAGGAGACUGCUACUGUAAAAGAGUGUCUAAACUUAAUGCUGAAGAAAUCUGGUUUGACAGGAGAUGACUGGCAUUUGAGAAAGAUUGACUGGUGUUAUGAAGCUGGGGAACCAUUAAACGAGGAGGUAAAAGGGAAUGCAACCCUAAAGGACCUUAGUAUCUGCAGUGGAGACAUUUUGAAUGUUGCUGAGGGGAAGCUUCCACCAAAGGUAAAGUAAAUUGGUUGCAUCGUAUUACAGUAGUUAACUUUUAAUCAAGAAUAGGGAGACUUGUGUUCAGACUACUACUCCUCAUCCUUGAAAUGCAUUGGGAGACUUUGAGCCAGUCACUAAUUGGUUGAGGACCCUUCUCACUCUUUCAUUCACCCUCUUCCCAUUUUAACACAUUAAGCUCACCUAUUUUAUAAAGGAAAGAAGUAAUAUUAAACAUCAUGGGUUUCUUUAGAAAAAAAUGAGUCACAAAAUUGAAGCAAUUAUAGCUUUGGGCUGGUUCAUUUCAUGCAGCUUUCUUCACAUAAGCUCAGUUUCUGAAUAUUUCUCUUCAAGUUGCCUAUUAACUUAUGGAAACCCCAUUGAAUUCCAUAAGUUUUUCUUAGGCAAGGAAUACUCGAAUGUAGUUUUGCAAAUUCUCAAAUUCAGCCUACACCACCUGGUGGGCGUUAAUAGCCUCCAAUCCAAGUUCUGGCUCUGUCUAGCCUCCAAAUUUAUUCCUUUAUUCACUUCCCCUGACUGAUACCAGUGUGAGCAAGAUUAAGACAUUGGGAGAUAUUGGGUAGCGUACCUGGAUUUCAGUAAGGCCUUCGACAAGGUCCCUCAUGACCUUCUGGCAAACUAGUCCAAUAUGGGCUAGGCAAAACUACGGUGAGGUGGAUCUGUAAUUGGUUAAAUGGACGAACAAAGAGGGUGCUCACCAAUGCUUUCUCUUCAUCCUGGAAAGAAGUGACGAGCAGAGUGCCACA